CACUUGAGUUUGUCUGCCUAUGCCAUUAAUAGGGCGGUCGGACACAAAUUUACAGCACGAAGCUCACUUUCUGGUGCUCGUUAAUCCCCUCACAAGACCCCACAGUCUGUCUUUGCGACUUUAACAUGAACAUCUUGCGAGUUCCUGAGCACGGCACGACUGCUUCGGGUGACAAGGCUCGGCCAACAUCAUGCGAGGGUUACGUAACCAAACGAGGUCAUUUCCGAAAGUCUUGGCGCGUUCGAUUCCUGGUUGUGGAUGGAUCCAACCUGCAAGUCUCGUACUACGAAAGUCGCGCUGCUUGCCACCCACCGACGGGUGAACCGUCCGCGCCCAAGGGGAGUUUCUACCUGUCGAGUAUUGAACCACACGAGUAUGUUGUCGGCGUCAUGGGAGCUGCUGACAAACCUUUCGGCUUUAAAAUGGUCGGACAUGCCCCCAAGAAAGGAUACGUUGAGCUGGACGUGUUCGUGGACACACUGGCUGAUCGUAACAAGUGGCUGGAGGUCGCUCGCAAUGCACUAAGUGUCAAGCGUCAACUAACACGCCAAGCCAUCGACCAGAGUGUGAGUCCAAACAAAAAGACUCUGUUCGGCUUCAGCGUCGCAUUGUCUCCACAGCCAGCAAUGUCGCCCCAGAAGCAGAUGCAGACACUGGCCAAAAGCAAAGAUGAGCUGCUCUCGGAAGCUCUACGUGAGCUCGAAGCUGCAAAGCUCGUCGGUCGUGAAGCCUGCAACGAGAUCGUCAUCCAAGGAGAGAAGCUGGACACCAUCGAACAGGAUCUCAGCGCCAUUGAUCGCGAUCUCGACUUCGGUGAUAAACUCCUGCGUCGUCUCAAGAGCCCCACGUUGCAUCUCUUCUCGGACGACUCGCGUCCUAAAUCCACCGGGGGCUCGAAGGGAAGUUCACCUCAGCGCUUCCACCAAUCUGGUGGUAGCAGUCCCUCUCGUCUUCCACCUGCCUUCGACACCAGUAGCGACGCCGGUGGCAGUGAUUUGGAGCGACUGGCACAAGCUCUUGGAGAACUUGAGGUGCAGGCGGAAAUGCUGAACGGAGAGGCCAGCCAUAGCUCCCAGCAGAUUGAGCGUAUCGAGCAUCACCUCACGAAUGUCACGACUCGUGUCGAGAAGCAGACAAAGCAGGCCUCAGCAACGCUGAGUGCCGGUCCCAGACUCUUCUAACGAGGCCUACAUCAGCAUAAAAACAGAGAAAAUAUAGCCACCUCACCCUGCCAAACAAUGGUACUCUCUGCGGAA